AUCCUUCCAAUUGAAGCUGUUCCAACAUGGCACACCAUAGAUCACACAGACCCUUCAAUAGAACAAGACACAAUGCUCACAGUCCACCCACUUAAAGACGCUCCAUUCGGUGCCACUAUCGAAUUGCCAAAGGACAUAACUGAUCCUUCUGAGCUCAACGAUGAGGACUUCAAGAAGCUUCACGAUGCGCUUCAUGAAUACUCAGUUCUUGUUAUUCCAAACCAGAAAGAUUUGGCGCCUCGUUCGCAAUGGCUACUCACGGCCCGUUUGGACCCAACCACUGAUAUCAACGGCAAGUCGUAUGGUCACGGCAAGGAGUUUAGACAUGCCAAGUCUGUGUUGGCUAAAGAUGGUACUUCCAUUCCAGGUCAGCCACAAGUACAAGUGUUGGGCCAAGGCAAAUGGGAAGCCGGUCAUCACGGAUUAGGAGAGAUUGAGUUGACACACCCAACACACUUCACUUUCCAUAAGUCAUUGCUUAGCAAUGAAGAGGUUGCCGAAGGGCAGACCAGAUACUACAGAUGGCACAUCGAUUCUGCUCUUUACGGGUUGUCUCCGCCUGUUGCCACGACGCUCUUGGGAAUCCACGUCCCACCUCAUGAGAGAACCUUGAAAGUGGUUUAUGAGGACACCAAGGAGGAGAAGGAGGUGACGCAAGGUGCCACGGCUUUUGUCAGUGGUAAGAUGGCCUUUGACCAGUUGAGUGAGGAGGACAAGGAGCUUGCACUGAACACCACCGUCGUCUAUGCGCCACACCCAUACAUCUUCAUCUCCCCAGCAAAAGCCACCAGCGACGGAUUGACCAUGGUGUCCGAGGGCAAGGAGAUGGCCCUCGAUGAGCUCCCUGAGUGGGAGGAGUCCAAGGUUAAGCGACUACCAUUGGUUUGGACCAACCCUGUUACCGGCAACCACCACCUUCAAGUGCACGGCUGUUGUAUCUGGGCGUUGGAGAGAUCCAACGGCGAGGUUGUCCCCUUGGAGAAGGCCAGGGAGGAGGUCUACAGACUCAUGAGACCGGCAAUCGCCCCAGAGAACGUCUACGCGCACAGCUGGGACGAGGGCGACUUGGUGAUCUUCCACAACAGAGGUGUCUGGCACGCAGUGACAGGACAGUUCGCCGAGGGCGAGAGAAGAUUGAUGCACCAGUGCAACAUUGCUAGCGGAGCAGACCCUGUGUGUGUGCGCGAGCCUAGCGUUGAAGUGAAGCACAACUGAUGUCUGCCGCCGCCUCUGCCGCCUCUGCCGCCCCUUCCUCC